AUGAACGUGACCCCCUCCCCGGAGCCGGCUCGCGCGGCUGAGCGCCCGCCAGCAGCCAGCGCCAGCCCGGGCUCGCGGCGGAGGAAGUCCCGGCGCUGGGCUGACAGCUUCGGGGAAGGAGGAGGAGAGAGCGGCGGCGGAGGAGGGGAGAGCGCGGCCGAGAGGAGGGCGCAGAGGAGGGUGGAGACACAUGCGCGCUGCCUGCAGCCGCCGCCGCCGCAGUGCUCCGCUUCCCCGGGACAGGAAACCUCCGAGACCGAGCUGCUGCGGCCGCCUGGUCGCCAGCGCCUCUUUCCGCGCCCGCCACACCCUUCUCCCCUGCUCCCGGCAUCUUUGGCGGAGCCCUGCAGGAACGCGGCACCCGGAGCCGUCUCCCCCUCCCGGGGGAAAGCUGUGACGCCCCCCCGCAGGAGCAGCGGGGCGGGGUGGCGGUAG